AGUGCGUGCGUAACGUAAGCGGAAUGACGUUUUUUCUGUGGUGUCACGUGGCUGACACUUCCGGCAGCUGUGUUCAUUUAGCAUGCUAAUGUAAGAUAGGCCGUUUUAUUCACUUGAAUAGUUUAACAUGAAAAGAGACAGAAGCUGGUUCCUCGGAAGAGUUAAAUUCCACCAUGAAGACAAGUCCUCUGUUGUUGUCCAAAAGGACUGAAAUGAGUAUUUAUUCUUCAUAGUUCCUUCAUCCACCUUGCGUUUAAAAGCGAUAGUAACUUCUUGGAUAAGGGAUGGUGAGGGGAAAUCACUUGCUAAUAGCUUACUUCUAUAACAAGUCAUCCUGUGGCAACUUCCUGGACACUACCUGUUCCCAUUUAUCAAUUAAUUCAUUAUGUCACUACCAAAUGAACAGUGGAACAGAGGGAAGGAUCGUGAGAGAGGGGCCCGUCCCAAGGUGAGACAGAGUCGGUCAGAAGAAAGACGGGACACAGGCAGUGGACGAAAGGGUGGAAAAGGGAAGAAGAAAGGUCUCGCCUGCCAUGAACCAGCAGCUGAAAGGCCUGUCAGCGAUGGCUUUGAGUAUGGUGAGCUGCUAGGUGACCUAGAGUCCAGGGACCAAUCAUCUUCUCCUCAGAAAGAGACCUGGAGAUGGCAGGGUUUUGACACAGACUCUUCUCUAUUAGGACAAGAAAGAGUUUCAGGCAGGCCUGGACUAGAAACUGUCAACUCUGUUAGCGAUCUACCUGCACCAAGUGAAGGUGACAGCAGAGCAAGCAGCGGUCGCUCUCUGCGACAGAAAAUCCAAGAUGCAAUGGGGCAGUGUUUCCCAAUAAAGACACACAGUGCUGCAGUUCCAGAACCACCCCCACAGGCUCUUUCAUCAGCUGCUGCCUGUGCCUCCUCGAGGCGCAAGAUCCAUCUGAGUGAGUUGAUGUUGGAUGACUGCCCGUUCCCUGUUGGAUCAGAGCUGGCUCAGAAAUGGUAUCUCAUUAAACAGCACACAGCUCCCAUUACCCAGGCUCCCAUUCUUGACUCACCAGUAGUGUGCAGUGCUCCAACUUCAACCCUGGCGAGUGUCGUGGAUGACGUAGACGAUAAAUUACGUGAGCGCAGGCGCAUUAGCAUUGAACAAGGUGUUGAGCCACCGCCCAAUGCUGAAAUUCACACGUUUGAGGUGAUGGCCCAAAUUAACCCACUUUAUAAACACGGUCCAAAACUGGCUCAUGGAAUGAAUGAGCUUUCAGGAACUGACAGUCUCUCUGCUCAUCAGCAACAGCAGCUUCUUCUACAAAGACAACAGCAGCACCAACUGUUGCUACAGAACUGUUUGGACACUCUGGAUGAGGUGGUGGCUUCAGCCUCUGCCUCCGUUCAUCCAUGCAAUACCAUCCCUGACCCUGUGGUUGACCCAGUGGGUAAAACGACCAGCUUGUCCUCCACAGCUGUACUUCCUCCAACUGAGCAUAACAAACCUCACGAUGGCUACCGCAUUCACACGCAGAUUGAUUACAUUCACUGUCUAGUUCCAGACCUGCUGCAGAUCACAAACCUCCCGUGUUACUGGGGGGUCAUGGACCGUUACGAAGCUGAGAGGCUUCUAGAAGGGAAGCCCGAGGGCACUUUCCUCCUCAGAGACUCUGCUCAGGAAGACUACCUCUUUUCUGUCAGCUUUCGACGCUACGGCCGCUCGCUGCACGCACGCAUCGAACAAUGGAAUCACAAUUUUAGCUUUGACGUGCAUGACCCCAGUGUCUUCCAUGCAUCCACAGUAACAGGCCUUCUGGAACACUACAAGGAUCCCAACUCUUGCAUGUUCUUCGAGCCCCUGCUUUCCAACCCCAUUCAUCGCAUGCAGCCAUUCAGUCUGCAACACAUCUGCCGUGCUGUCAUCAACAGCUGCACCACAUAUGACGGCAUCAACAUGCUUCCCAUUCCGAAUGCUUUGAAAAAGCAUCUGAAAGAAUACCACUAUAAACAGAGGGUGCGUGUUCGCAGGAUGGACACCUGGUGGGAAUGAAGGCAAAGUGAAAAACUCUUAUAUACACUAUAUUAUGUAUAACGCAAGCCAUAUUUUCACCAAAGUUGGUACACUACUGAAAGUGCACUAAAGCAAAAAUCUGUAAUUUGGUCAUGCACUUGAUUCUUUGUCUCAAAAGAAAAAGUACAGACAGUAAAGACACUUGAUACAAAUGAUCUACCUGCAAAGCAUUCCAAAUAAGUUGGGACAGAUGGGUUUUUUUUAUCACAGACUGUCUUUGGCACAUAAAUUCUCAGCAGCACAACAUUUCUUCACACUAUAGAUAUUUACUGUUAAUCUUUGGAGGUUAGGAGGGGGUCCCACGGGUUAUGGGUGUGAUAUACCAGUGCAUUUUGGCUCAUUGUUUAACCAGUCUCAAUAUUUGAGCCUAAUUAUCAGGCUGACUGCUAAACCUACCAGAAUGUUAUCUUUCUAUGACUUUUCUGUCUUACUUUAUCGCAGUCCCAAUCUUUUAGAGUGAGUUACAUGUAUAAAUUCCAUGUUGUGAUUGGUAAAUGAGAAAAGAUAGUUUUAUUUAUUUAUUUUUUUUAAUUUAAAGUUUACCUUUUUUAACAAAGGUGUGAAUUACUAAACUACAGAUUGGUUUUUGUGUCAUCUUUAGGUAGUGUACCAACUUCCCUGGAAAUGAAGUUUGUACAUUAACAGCAUUAGAAAACUGAACAAUGAAGGUUCUUCACUUGAUUUGGCUGUACACUGUAUUUUUUUUAAUUUAUUUUUCUUUCUGCUGUACACGUCUUAACUAAACUAGUAAUAGCACUAAUAAUCUUGGUGAUCUUGCACAGUCCUGAGUUCUUCAGGCUCCUACAUGCUGUUCAGAGAACUAACCUGAAGUGCAUCAGAAGCAGCUUUGUUAUCUGACAACGGGGGAAAUUGCACACAGUGGAAACUGUGGAAAUCAAGAUGAUUAUUGUAGAAUCAUCAGCCACGUGCUGAGCAGGUAGACAGAAUUGUGGAACUGCCUCCCAUCAAUGUAAUUAUUUGCUGUUUUCCACACAUACAAUAAGUGAUUGUCAGAGGUAGGAGUGCCUACUUGUUUUUUAUGAUGGAUUUUUCUCAAAUAUUGGCAAUGAUCACAUGCCUGUUUAACAAAUAACCGUGUAAGAGCCCAACUGGUUUUUACAAGGUGGUCUUAAAUGAAUGCCAUAUGUGUAGACAUUGCACCGUUCUGUUGCUGUUUCCCCCUGCAUCAUCAAACCAUCUGUGCUUCUCUCUCAGGUUAAUUGACAUGCAGCUGGCACUAGUUGUAUUCAUUAAGUUUGAAGUAUACGUAGGAUCCAAUGUCAAACAUACAGUGUUGUUAGGAACUGAAAUGACAAAGCUCAGACUGGAAAUGAAUUCCAGUAAAAUUUAAUCACAGAAUGUUCACUCGCGUGUGUGUGUUUCCAUCCGCUGCUGUUAGCAGUUUCUCCACAGAUGUAUUCACAGAAACUGUGCCAAUUUCUGAAAGGACUCUGAACACAAACUGAGAUACUUCAAUCUCUGUUGUCAAAUCACCAGUAAUGCCUUGCAAAUAAACACAGAAAUCAGAA